AUGGCUGCCCCUAACGCCUGCACUAUCGAGAACCUCAGCGGGACAUGGACAAUGCAAGGCAUCAACUGGGUCGUCCGAAGGGCUAUCGGACUCGCCGAGGUGACUGUGAAGAAGCAUCAGUUCGUCAGUGACCACCCGGAAACGUCUACGCCGAGGGUACAAAUCACCAUAGUGCAGACCACCAGCACCGGCAUGGGUGGAACUUUGGAUAAUAGAUACCUUGACUGGUCCGAGAACCAUCAGGAAGACCGGCUCUUUGGAAACACCAAGGUCCAGACUCGAUUCAUUGGUGGAUCCUCGUCUGAUGGUAAGGUCCUUCCGAAUCUGGAGCUGCAGACGCCUAUCGAUGACCCCAACAUCUUGAAAUUUCUCCGAGGAGAAAUUGGGGACAAUCUGGAGCCCUCGGAAGGAUAUCUCGUCGAGGCACCAAAGGGGGGGUUUCCUGGCGUGGUCAACGAGGAGGGUCUAUGGAUUCAUGUCUUCAUCCGAAACCAGACGGGCUUGUGGAGAGCCGAACAGGUCUGGGGCUUUGAGAAUAUCAAUAACGAGCGCCGGCUCGUCCGCCGCACUGUAACCUCUGAUAACAAAGGAAAUCAUCAAUUCGGGAGGCUGGUCUAUAAUUUUAAAGAUAGCCAGUAUGAAUAAGCCUCCUGCCACCUCUGUAAUGCAUGGCAAAAGGGGCUUCAGUAAAAGAUUUCAUAUUUCCAGUAGAAAGUCUUGGGAUUGUUGCCACGAAAUUAAAUCUCUAAAAUACA